AGAGUCGAGUCGCCCGUAGCUCGUCUAGGGUAGAGCGGAUUUUUAGUAUAAUUCAUUUAAAUAAUGAUUUUUAUGAGUUAACAGUUAUCAUUUUAGUAUCAGUGAUUAGUGUUUUGUUUGUAAAUCUUAAAUACAUUAGUUUAGCAGUCACUGAUGUGGUGUAAUCUCUAUUUCCCGUUUCGUUUUACCAAUCUAAUCUAAACAGAAAAUGGCCGACGGUGUUGGUGCGGGUGUCUCCUUUGUUUAGUGCUGAAUUCUAGUGAAAAUAAGUAUUAAAAGGAAUAAUGCCUAGUGCCUCGUUUUCCUCUUCGCGUUCUUACGUUCGCAGAUCGCGAAGAAAAGGCGGACAUCGAAUCCCGUUGCCUUCUAGGACACAAUCGACGGAGCCAUGUGAGUCAGUGCCGUGCCCCAACAACGUGACCGGCAGCGCCAUGGCGGCCACGGCGUGCGCGGGCCCGAGCGGCAGCGGCGGCGGCGGCUCCCCGCCCGUGCCCGCCGCCGCGCCCGCCACCACCGCCGGCCACCACAGCCCCUACGACCUGCGCCGCAAGAGCCCGCCCGCCUACCACGAGCCCGGCCCAUCAGGCGCUUGCUCGCUGCCGGCCAGAAAGAGGCCUAGGACAUCGCUGUCUCAAGGCGUGGACGUAUGCAACGUAUCUCAGUACCUUCAGUAUGAGUUGCCCGAUGAGGUGCUUCUGUGUAUCCUGUCGCACCUCACCGAGCGCGAUCUGUGCCGCGUGGCGCAGGUCUGCAAGAGAUUCAACACCAUCGCAAAUGAUACUGAGCUAUGGAAAAGCCUCUACCAAUCGGUGUUUGAAUACGACAUGCCAUUGAUGCACACCGCACCGUGCCAGUUCGAGUUCAUGACGGCUGAUGAGUGCGAUGCCGACAACCCGUGGAAGGAGAGCUUCAGGCAGCUAUAUUACGGCAUUCACGUGCGACCCAACUUCCGUCCCAAGAAGGACUCGAGGAUUAAGCAUUUUAAUACUAUUAGAGCCGCUCUGGAAUACGUGGAGGAGCGCGGCGGGUCGACGGCCACGAGCAGCAGCGGCAGCUCGCCGGGCGCGGCGGCCGCGGGCGGGGGCGGGGGCGGGGGCGGGGGCGGUGCGGCGGGCGGCGCGGCGUGCGGCGCGGCGUGCGCGUGCGGCGCGGGCGCGGGCGCCGCCUGCGCCUGUCGCCGCGCCGCGCAGCCCGCGCCCGCGCUCGUCUUCGUGCACGCCGGCCUCUACCAGGAGGAGUGCCUCGCCAUCGACACUGAUGUGCAGCUCAUCGGUGAGAUUAUCAUACUGCCCACCUGGGACUCGAGUGCCCGGCGACACCUACACCGGUUUACCCGAACAACAUAUGCUGACGAUACAGCGUGCCUUGCCGCUGAUAAAGAUCCCGCUGUAGCGUCACAAAAACUGCAAAUACAGCUGCACAAAAUCGACCAGUGGCUCGACAAAUGGAGAAUCAAGGGCGCCUACCAGGACAACGAGAUAUCGCGCAACGCGCUCGCUGGCAUCUGGGUCAAGAACUUUGCCAACCCUAUCAUGCGCCGCAACCACAUACACCACGGGCGUGACGUCGGUAUAUUCACGUUUGAGAAUGGACUGGGCUACUUUGAAGCAAACGACAUCCACAACAACAGAAUCGCCGGUUUCGAAGUGAAAGCCGGCGCCAACCCCACCGUAGUGCACUGCGAGAUCCACCACGGCCAGACCGGGGGCAUCUACGUGCACGAGUCUGGCCUCGGCCAGUUCAUCGACAACAAGAUACACUCCAACAACUUCGCGGGCGUGUGGAUCACCUCCAACAGCAACCCCACCAUCCGUCGCAACGAGAUUUACAACGGCCACCAGGGCGGCGUGUAUAUAUUCGGCGAGGGCCGCGGGCUCAUCGAGCACAAUAAUAUUUAUGGAAAUGCUUUGGCGGGUAUUCAGAUCCGCACAAACAGCGACCCGAUAGUCCGGCACAACAAGAUCCACCACGGGCAGCACGGCGGCAUCUACGUGCACGAGAAGGGCCAGGGGCUCAUCGAGGAGAACGAGGUGUACGCCAACACGCUCGCCGGCGUCUGGAUCACCACCGGCUCCACGCCCGUGCUGCGCCGCAACCGCAUACACUCCGGCAAGCAGGUCGGCGUAUAUUUCUACGACAACGGCCACGGAAAGCUAGAAGACAACGACAUCUUCAACCACCUAUACUCCGGCGUCCAGAUCCGGACCGGGAGCAACCCCGUCAUCCGCGGCAACAAGAUCUGGGGCGGCCAGAACGGCGGCGUCCUUGUCUACAAUGGCGGCCUGGGGCUGCUCGAGCAGAACGAGAUAUUCGAUAACGCCAUGGCGGGUGUGUGGAUUAAGACUGACUCCAACCCGACGCUCAAGAGAAAUAAGAUUUUUGAUGGGCGCGAUGGAGGAAUUUGUAUUUUUAAUGGAGGAAAGGGAGUGUUGGAGGAGAACGAUAUAUUUCGCAACGCGCAAGCGGGCGUGCUGAUCUCAACUCAGAGCCACCCGGUGCUGCGGCGCAACCGCAUCUUCGACGGGCUCGCGGCCGGCGUCGAGAUCACCAACAACGCCACCGCCACGCUCGAGCACAAUCAGAUCUUUAAUAAUAGAUUUGGAGGCCUUUGUCUAGCAUCGGGCGUGUCGCCGUUAAUACGAGGCAACAAAAUAUUUAGCAAUCAAGACGCUGUGGAGAAGGCGGUCGGCGGCGGCCAGUGCUUGUACAAGAUAUCGUCGUACACGUCCUUCCCCAUGCACGAUUUCUAUAGAUGCCAGACUUGCAACACGACAGACCGCAAUGCCAUUUGUGUCAAUUGCAUCAAAACGUGCCAUCAGGGACAUGACGUUGAAUUCAUACGCCAUGACAGAUUUUUCUGCGACUGCGGCGCGGGCACGCUGUCGAACCAGUGCCAGCUGCAGGGCGAGCCGACGCAGGACACGGACACGCUGUACGACUCGGCCGCGCCCAUGGAGUCGCACACGCUCAUGGUGAACUGAGCGCGCCGCUGUGUCUCCUCUAGCGCUGUACUCUAGCGAGGACGAUUAUUUUUAUUACCUAAAUCUUCACGUUGUACAUGUCAUGUCGUGAGUCGCUAUAUUUGUAGGGCGCGUCCCACGCGCCCCCGAUUCGCAUUCGUGUAAACCUGUUUAAAUAAUUAGGCACUAGUUGAACGAUUGCUGGUAUUUCGACGUUACGCUGUCUGUAUAUGUAGGGGCAUUUUUUUAAUCAUCUGUACUUAAUAAUUAUGUAUUUUGUCGAGUAGUAUCAUGCAUUCCCAAAUUGUAAUCGUACCAUAAUCUCGAAAAUCACAUUGAUAUAUUAGAAUAAUGUUAUUCGUUUUAUAAGAUGUACCGGUAGCCGUGUUUACAUUAUAAUGUCUACUAUAGUUUCAUAAUCAUGAGGAAUAUUAUUUUUAGUGCUCAUUCUAAAUUUUUGAUCGCUUAAUCGAUUUUUCUUAACAAUUAUGAUUUGUGUUUAGCACUUUGUUUACAAGCUACCAUUUUUUGUUUCGAAUAAUGGACGAGUUCAAUAGCAGGGAUGACUGUGUUUUGAAAAUGCCAUGUAAAAUAUUAUACCUUAUGUAUAGUCCAAAAGUCCUUAGAAGAUGGACAAUCCUUGUAUUAUUAUUUAGUAGCUACCAAGAUUUGGUUCUCGAUCCGGCGACUGCGGACGUCAGGAUAGCGUUUCGUAAUAUUUGCUGUCCACAUUUUUAUUGAAUUGACGACACUUAUUAUGUUUGAUUUGGGGGCAUUUAUACCUCGGCUCUCCUGGCCCGGUGGCGGGAGCUUUAGUUAAUAAAGAUAUGUAAGUAUUGUUUGGGGUACAGCCGCGGUCGCGGCCGGAGGCGCGGCGCCAUUUUAAUCUCUCCAUUAGGAGUCUGCCUCGCCUAACUAUUUCGGCGCUCCUAAUGCGCUUUGUAAAUAUUUAUGUCACACAAUAAUCGAAACGUAGUAAUUAAUGUAUUUGUAUCAUUAUAUUUUUAUUAUUGAUCACAACAUGUAUGUUUAAUUAUGGUUAGGUCGUCGUAUGCUCAGAGCGGAGCCGCCGCGUUGCGCGCGGGCCUCUGCAGCGCAGGCUCGCGCCCGCUAAUGUAUAAUUAGGAUGCGAAUUAAAAGAACGAAUGUGCGUAUUUAAAUGGAAAAGAUCUUAGGUACAAUUGAUAUUUUAUUAUAUUGUUAAUUUAAAUUUGGUAUUGAUAUCGAUCGAGAAGCAAUGUUAGGAACUGGGAAAGCCGAACGUGAGCGGCUAGAGUGCUGAUAGUGAUAAGUUAGCCGGUAAGCUAUAAUGAAAAUCUAAAUUACUCAGUAAUCACUAUUGCAAAUUUCGAAUUGUUAAAUCGUCUCUCCAUAGCACGGUAUGUUCUGAAUCUGCUUUUUUAUAAUCCUCAAUCUGUGAUCAUCGCUAAAUAUGUAAGUGAAAAUAAUUUAGUUGGUCCCCACUACAGAACUAUGACAUUAUUAUUAUAUGUAACAUCAAAAUUAUUGUGGCGCUGAUGCUUUAUAUAAUUGAAUGUGAAAAAUUGUUAUUUAUUGAAUUGUCAGUAUGAUCUUAAUUUAUUGAAUUAAAAUCUGGAUAUUUUGUUUAUACAUGAAGAUACCACUGUAAAAGCCGUGAUAUACAUCAUAUAAUAUUAUA